AUGUCUUCUUCUGCCUGCGAACGAUUCGUAUUUGAUGUUUGCUCUGCUAACCCUAACAUUUGCAAGACUUGUAAAAAUAAUAAAGCUAUGCAUGCUGAUUGUGCUCCUGUAAAAAGAGAAAUCAAAUUUGGUGUUAAAUUUUAGGCGCAUGAUACAUUAAGCCAAUAUAAUUCACUGCCUAGUAAAACUGAAAAGAAAACUCCAUUGAAUUAGUAAGAAGAUAAAAAAUAAGAAAAUUAAGAAUCUUCUAUCCAAAAAAUAUCUUAAUAGCCUGCUCCUGCUAAUAUUACAUGCGCAAAACCUAAUGAUACUCCUGUUUCUCCUUAGGUGCCAAGAAAUGAAAUAGUUCAACAGCCUACUUCUUAAGAGAACGACCUUUCAAGAAAGGUUUAGUAACUAAUUAGAGAUAAAGAAGAUAAGAUUAAAUAAAGCUAAUUAAAUUAAUAUGCAUCAACUCCAAAAAGAGGAUCUUAAGCUUCUAACACUCCAUCUCAAAGACCUAGCAUAGCUUCAGCUUGCUAGUCUAUCUGUUCAGGAGAUUCUCCUACCUCUUAAAAAUCAUUACCUUCUAGCAAUUUCAGCACUGCAGCUUAAAAAUUACAAGACUAAUAAGAUACAUAGUAGUAAUAAUAAUAAGAUAAAAAUUCUAAUUAAUUACCUUAAAAUGAAUAAGAUAAAAUAAAUGAGAAUAUUUAGAGCGAAUUAAAAAGUACAAAUAAUGAGACCCCUAAAAUAAAUUAAGAAAAAAACAACCCUCCAACAUAGAAUGUUCAAUAAAAUCAAAAUUAAUAAUAAUUAGAAUAAUAAAAUGAGAAAUAAAUAUAAUAAGAUUAAUUAGAUUUAAAAUUAAAGUAAGAUAGAGAAAGGUAAGAAUAGUAAAAGAUCGAAAAAGAAAAAUUAGCUGCUUUAUUAUAAAAGUAGACUCAGGAAACAUAAAUGCGUAAUGAAGAAAAGCCAAAACCUAUUUAAUCAAACAAAGGUUUAACACUAGCAGAAAUUUUAGCAAGAUAAAAAUAAAAGAUUGAAUAAACAGAUGAAAAAAAAAAUACUGCAGCUGUGAGUUCAUAAUAAAAUUAAAUACCUUAAAUACCUAAAUCUAAUUUGACUUAAGCUAUUAACAGUGAAUUAAAUAAUGUCUCGAAAUAGCCUAGUUUGAAUUAAGGAUCAUACACAUCUGUUUAAAAUAAAUCUAAUGAAAUCAACAAUUAGAUCAGCUAAUAAGAUAAUGUGAAUUCUCAAAAAAAUAUGAUAAAUAAUUAAAACUAAGUUGAAAAAGUUAGUUUACAAAAAAAGCCUGAGAAUUAAGAUGACAAUUAAAAAAGUAAUACAAUUAUUUUAAAACCAGAGGAAAAAAAAGAGUAAAAACCCUUAAGCACAGUAGCUUAACGUAUUUAAGAACUUUAGAAGCAAUAGCAGUAAUAAUAAUAACCUUAGAUUUAUUAAAACUAAAAAGUAAAUCUAAAUUAGAGAAUUGGCCUAAACUCUUAAUAAGAUAAUCAAAAAAUGGAAGUUUAGAAAGAAUUAUAGUCUAAAAAUAAUAUUGUUAAUUAAGAAAAGACAGCAAAAACCCCGGAAAUAAUUGAUUAGUAAACUGAUAAAAAUAAUGAUUUGGCUGAGAAAUAAACUAAAUAAGAAUAAGAUUAAAAAGUUACCACAUAAGAUAUUAAAAAGCCCUCUUCCCUCGUUUAACAAUUAUAAAACAAAUUAGGCAACUUAAACUUUGGUGUUUAACCUCAAAUUUCUUAAAAUAAAUAAUCAACUAACUAGAAUGAAGAAGUUAAUUAAAAUGAUUAAUUGAAUAUUCCUUUCUUAAAAGAAUAAAGUAGUGAAUAGAGAGAACCAGAAAAAGAUUUCUUAGAUAGACCUGUGAUGAAGAAAAACGUUAGAUCUUCACGUAAAAUGAAUUUAAAUGAUUUAAAAGAUUAAAGUGAAUGA